CUUCUAAGAACCAGACGUUCGAUGUCGUUAUUAAAGUUAUAGAAAUGUUUUCGGAUGUUUCUGAGAAUGCCAUUCGACCACACAUCGAGAGUUCCAGCUCGUUCGUUCCUCUGCACCUUUGACCCAACACGUGAACCUUCAGUAUACUUCGAGGAUGCCUUGGAAGAGUUAUGUGAGUCGCCUUUGUUAUGGAUACAUGACUGGGAGGGGCUUUACAGACUGCUCGAAAUCCUCCUUGAGCGGCAAAACGCCCUAGAAUAAGAAGUAUAGAGCAUAGACCUUGGUCAAAGCAUAACCUCGUCAGCUUGCCUUUGUCGUGGGAAGAAGAUCAAUAUGACCAUAUUGUUCAUGAUUCCAUCGCAGUUUUUAAACAACCGGAGCUCAAGCUCUUACAUAUCAAGUACCGAGACAGAG